AUGCACCAAAGGCCCGUUUCCUUACCCGAAUCCGCGCCGGAGGAAGACAGCAGCGGCGGCGUGGAGCUCGCGCCGAUGCUGAGGAAGCGCCACGUGCGGUGGCAAAAGCUUUCUAUAGUUCUACGCAGCAGCAGGGCCUUCUAUCAAGCAAGAAAGUACCAAGAUGCAUUCUUCACGACGUUUUCACGCUCCCCUUCUUACACAACAAUUGAUGUGGAAGAAGAGCAAGAAAGCUUCUCGAGGAUCGACGUAGCGAGGCUCUCUAAGCUCGUGAGAGAGAGAAACCAUGAGCAACUGGCUCGGUUUGGAGGGGUUCGAGGGUUGGCCUCUGAGCUCAAAACUGAUGUCGACAAGGGGAUUGAGUCUGAAGCUGAAGCUGUUUCCCUCCGCCGCCGAACUUUUGGUCCCAACACAAUUCAGAUGCCAUCUCCGAAGAUGUUAAGGAUUGUGCUGGAAAGCUUCAAAGACCCAAUCCUUGUUGUGUUAUUCCUGGCUGCUUCACUAUCCAUGGGUUUUGGAAUCAGAAAAGGGCUCAAUGGAGUCAUUGAUGGGCUAUCCAUAUAUGUCUCUAUACUCCUUGUAGUGGCUGCCAUUUCUUUCAGCAAUAUCUGGCCAACAAGACAACUCCACACACUCUCCAAAUCCAACAUCCUUACUGAUACCACCACUCUUGUCAUAAGAGACGAAACAGAGCAACAGAUUCCAGCAAACGAAGCUGUGGUGGGAGAUCUCAUUCACCUGCAGAUUGGGGAUCAAGUUCCAGCAGAUGGAUUGUACAUAAAAGGGAAUUCAUUUCAAGUAAAUGCAGAAAUUAGACCUGAUUAUGAUAACCCCUUCUUGCUGGCUGGAAGCAGAGUCACAAACGGUGAUGCUCGGAUGCUUGUCACUGCAGUGGGCACGGACACGAAAUGGGCGGAGAUGAUGAGCCCUGCUGAAGAUAAGACACCAUUACAAGUGAAGCUUCAUGAACUGACACAGAAUAUAGCCAAGAUUGGAUUAGGUGUUGCGUCAAUUGUCCUCGUGAUACAGCUGAUUAAAUACUUUACCGGGAAGAUGAAGGAUGGCAAUGGAGCAGCUUAUUAUAGUGCAAGCAAGAGCAUCAAUCAAGUCGGGCAGGACAUCGUUGGGAUUCUGGUCAUGCCGAUAGUUAUUGCAACAACUGCCAUUCCAGAAGGUUUACUACUCGCGGCCACAAUAACUCUUGCUUAUUCAACCAAGAGAAUGGCAGAUGAGAAGGCACUAGUCAGAAAUCUUGCAGCUUGUGAGGCAAUUGGAUCCAUUACAGUGAUCUGCAUCGACAGGAGCGGUGCCAUUUCAGACAAAUCACCCAAGGUGGAAGAGUUUUGGCUGGGGCAGGUGAAGUUUAAGCAGAAACCCCCACUGAUAGUUCUUCAACUAAUGCAUGAGGGAAUCGGUCUGAAUACAACCUCUGAAGCUUCAUCUGUUCUUGGCGAGCACCAAACUCAAAAGGCGAUUUGCACUUGGGCAAGUCAAGAACUGGGGAUGAAUCUAGAACAACUCAAGGAAAACUGUAGCAUGCUCGAUAUUGAAAGCCUCGACCAACAGAAGAAAGAUGGCUGCAUUUGGAUACAGAGAAACGGUGAUAACAGAGUACACAUUCACAUGAAAGGAUCAGUGGAUGAGAUUCUGGCUCUUUGCACUCAAUAUUAUGAAGAAGAUGGGGUAAUCAAAGAUAUCAGUGAAAAUGCGAGGGCAACAUUCAAGAGAAUUGUCCAGGAGAUGAAGAAUAAUGGCCUCAACUGCAUAGCGUAUGCACACGCAACUGUUUCAGGGCUCAACCAAGAAAAUUUCACAUUGAUAGGGUUUUUAGGUCUAAAGGAUGUGUUUCGGCACAACAUAAGCAAAGUUGUGAGAGAAUGCCAAGAAGCCAGAGUGCACGUCAAACUGAUCACAACAGAAGAUGUCCAGAAGGCAAAGAUAUCGGCUCUAGAAUGUGGCAUACUCAGUCCUAAUCAAACAGCAGUCACAGAUGCCAUCAUUGAAGGCGAAGAAUUUAGAAGCUUUACUGAUCAAGAGAGAUUGGAGAAGGCAGAAAAGUAUAGUGUGAUUGCUGGAGCCUCUACUUCAGACAAGCUUCUGCUGUUACAAUGCCUGAAAGAUUUCGGCCAUAUAGUAGGAGUUAUUGGAGGCGAUGAAGAACUUUUCGAGGAAGCUGGUGUGGGUUUCUAUCUUGGAAUCCAAGAAUCUUAUUCCGUGAAGGAAAAGUCAGAUAUUAUCAUCUUGGGUGAUAGUUUUGAUCCCAUAGAAAAAGCUAUGAAGUGGGGAAGAGGCGUAUACAACAACAUCCAGAUAUAUGCACAAUUCCAGCUCACAGCUACAACGGCCUCUCUGGUGACGGACUCUGUGACUACAAUUUUUUCAGGAGAACCCCCAGCAAUCAACAUAGUUACAUCCAUUUCAUCUGGUAAGAUUCCAUUUGCAGCUCUCCAACUACUGUGGGUAAAGUUGGUAGUAGGCACAUUAGUUGUUUUAGCUCUUUCAGUCGAUAAUCCUGCUGAAAGCCUUAUGCAAGAGAUGCCUGUAGAAAAAAGGGAACCAUUUAUAACCAACAUAUUAUGGAGGGACAUCAUAGGACAAGCUCUAUGCCAAAUCAUUAUCAUACUUACCAUACAGUUCGAGGGUGAAGCAACUUUCAAACUAAGUGGCACAGAAAAGGAUACUUUGAUUUUCAACAUCUUUGUCCUCUGCCAAAUCUUCACCAUAUUCAACACGGUUGUUAUUGUGGAGUUGUUGAAAAGGUUUGCAGAUACAGAGAGGCUCAACUGGAAGCAAUGGCGCGCAUGCAUCGAAAUUGCCAUGAUAUCUUGGCUGGUAGGUUGGUUAUUGAGAAGGAUACCUGUUCCUGAGAAGCCUUACUUCAGCUUUCUCUGUAGCCAAAAAUAACACCAAUGAUGCUUCAUUAGUUAUGUUUAGAUGAGAUCAUUUAAUCUUUUUGUUGAAGACCUUUAGCAUUUUUCCAGUCAUUGAUAGUUCAAUUAAUUUGAAAUAUAGAGAAGUGUAUUGUUAGUA